AAAAGGACCUACCGCCGCACGAUGUCGCGUCGCGGAGACGCCGGCCCCGCGGCCAACGUCGCGAAGGUCGUCACGCUCGAGAGCACCCAGCGGCAGGUCGCCGUCUACAACCCGAGCGAUCCCAACGAGGGUAAGACGGGUGACCCGGUGAAGGACCUUGAGGCGAAGCUCAACUACAUCACCGAGGCUGUGCCGAUCAACCCCCAGAACAUACAGGGCAGCACCGCCGGCGCGGGAUCCGGAGAGUUCCACCUGUACAGGCAGGCUCGGCGCAGGGAGCAGAUGCGAAUCGCGGCGAUGGAGCGCGAGGACAACGCCAACGUAGCCAAGGCGCAGUUCGACGCGAGGCAGGCUGAGCGCGAGCGGGAGGCGGAGGAGCGAACCGCCAAGAACCGAAACAAGCGAAAGGCGAAGAAGGAGCGCCAGAGGGCGGCCAAGGCUGCGAAAAAGGAAGGGGACGCGAACGGGGACGGGGGUGCCGACGACGCGGGUCCCGGACCAGGGGCGGCGGCGGCGGAGGACGACGACGACAAGGCGGACGAUCAGUUCGAGGAGCUGGACUGAGGAGCCGUAGGUUGGACGGCGAGGAGGAACGGAAACGGCGGGAGGAGGAGUUCCUGGCGAGGUACCGAGGGAAGUGAGGGACGACGCUGGCGAGCUGGGGGAUGGGCAUUAAUCACGACUCUCUUAAUUCG